AUGAAUGAGAGAACACAUGAAAAUUUAUUAAAGACAAAAUCAUACAACUUGGGUAUUGAUGAUAUUCAGAACUUGGGUUCUAUAUAUUCCUUUCAAAACAAGCAAAAGAUCGAAAAAUACAAUGAAGAAAUCAAAUUAUUAAAACAACAGUUAGAUGAUUUGAACGAAAAAAUGGGAAAAUGUAGCUACAUACCUAAAAUUAUUGAACCAACCAAAUAUCCAGAACUGACAUUUUGGUAUUUUGAAUUAAAAGAGAUGAAAGAGUUUCAAGACUUAGUAAUAUACGAAAUAAAAAAGAAAAAGAGGCAUUUUAAAAUUUUAAGUCAAAGCUGUGUGAAAUAUUUAAGUAAUAAAGAGAAAUUGAGAUUAAAAAAACAGGAAGAAGAAGAAAAGAGAUUAAAAUUAUAUUCUAAAAACAUAUCAUCAUAUAUGGAUUUGUUUUGGAAAAAGAUAGAGAAAUUGGUGUGGGAAGAAAAAAAAAAAGAAUUACAAAAAACAUUAAAUAAAAAAAAGGAAAUGAGAUUCAAAAAAUUUGUAAAAGGAGCCAUUAAAAAAAUAAAAUGCGCUAGACACAAUGCUCAUGAAUUAUUUGAAAAUAAAUCACUUAGUGUAAGUUCUUAUAAUAAUAGUGAACAACUAAAUAAUUCUUCCAAUCUAGAUAAUUUUGAUAAAGAAUUAAAAGAAGAAGACCUAACCGAUCAAGAAGAAGAAGAUAUCCUAUUAGAUGAACAAAUGGAAUCGAGCGAAGAACUAGAAGAUCAAAAGAAAGAAAUUAGUUUAUUAGAUGAUGAAGCAAAUAUUCCUAUUGAAGAAUUACUAAAAAAUAUAUACGGGUUCAAAAGCGGAGAAGAAUAUUUAAAUUUAAUGCAGAAGAAGGAAGAGGAUUAUGAAGAAGAAAAUGAUGAAAAAGAUAACGAAUCCAAUACAAAAGAAGAAAAUGAAGAGAAAAAAGACAAAGAAAAGAAUGAAGAAAAUUUGAAAAAAGAAAAAUAUGAAGCAGAUUUGAAAGAAGAAAAAUGUGAAGAGAAUUUGAAAAAAGAAAAAUAUGGAGCAGAUUUAAAAGAAGAAAAAUGUGAAGAAAAUUUGAAAGAGGAAUAUGAAGAAAAUAUGAAAAAAGAAAAAUAUAAAGAAGGUUUGAAAGAAGAAAAAUAUGAAGAAGAUUUAAGGCAAGAAAAAGAAGAAAUUUUGAAACAAAAAAAAGAUACUAGCGAAAUCUGUAUAAAAUAUCAAGACAACGAAGAAGAGAAAAAUAAAAGUAUAUUAAGAAAAGAAAGUAAUGAAAAUAAAAAAAGCGAAAAAAAAAGAAAAAUAGAGAAAGAGGAAUAUAAUCUAAGAAAGUCAAAAAUAUUGAAAAAUGAUUCUUCAAAUAAAAAGGAUGAAGUAUUGGUAUGUAAUAUGGAAGAAAAACAUUUAACAAAAAUUCCACCAAUUAUUAAAGCAACUUUACGAGAUUAUCAACACGCAGGUUUACAUUGGCUAUUGUAUUUAUAUAAAAAUAAUAUUAAUGGUAUAUUAGCAGAUGAAAUGGGUUUAGGAAAAACAUUACAGUGCAUAUCUUUGUUAAGUUAUUUAGCAUUUUACUUUAAUAUAUGGGGGCCUCAUCUUAUUAUUGUUCCUACUUCUAUUUUAAUUAAUUGGGAAAUUGAAUUAAAAAGAUUUUGUCCCUGUUUCAAAAUAUUAUCAUACUACGGUAGUCAAAAUGAAAGAUAUAAAAAAAGAAUCGGAUGGUUCAAUAAAGAUUCUUUUCAUAUUUGCAUAUCCAGUUAUUCAACAGUGGUUAAAGAUCAUUUAAUUUUCAAAAGAAAAAAAUGGAAGUAUAUUAUAUUAGAUGAAGCUCAUAAUAUAAAAAAUUUUAAUACAAAAAGGUGGAAUAUUAUAUUGAGCUUAAAAAGAGAGAAUUGCUUAUUAAUUACUGGAACCCCUUUACAAAAUAGUUUAGAAGAGUUAUGGUCACUUUUACAUUUUCUUAUGCCUAAUAUUUUUACUUCUCAUUUAGAUUUUAAAGAAUGGUUUUCUGAUCCUUUAAAUUUAGCCAUACAGAAAAGCAAAAUUCAUGAUUCCAAAGAGUUAAUUGAUAAAUUGCACACUGUUAUCAGACCUUACAUUUUAAGAAGAUUAAAAAAAAACGUGGAAAAAGAAAUGCCAAAUAAGUAUGAACAUAUUAUAAAGUGUAAAUUAACAAGAAGACAAAAAAUAUUAUAUGAUGAAUUUAUAAAUAACAAAAAUGUUCAGAAUACCUUAAAUGCAGGAAAUUAUAUAGGUUUAAUGAAUAUCUUAAUUCAAUUAAGAAAAGUGUGUAAUCAUUGUGAUUUAUUUACAAAUAAAUAUAUUCAAACACCUUUUUAUUAUAAUUUGCCUAUCAAUUUUUUUAUUCCUCGUUUUUUUAUUUUAUUUAAUAAAAAUUACUAUUUAGACUUCUACUUGAUCCUCUUUUUACAUAAUGAAUUCACUUCAAUCGGAGGAAAAUGUGUAAAUAAAGAAAAAAAAGAAAAAGAAGUAAAAAAAAAUUUGAUGUAUCCUUCAUAUUUUAAUCAGGGUUGUAUUAAUGGCAUAACCAAUUUCUUACCAAAUAUAAAUAAUUACCAUCAAACUUCUUUUUAUAAUAAUGUUCAAGAAACAAAUGUAAUUCUUGAUAAUUCUUCUAAAGAAUCUCAUAAUUAUCUCAGUUGUAAUUUUCAGCAUCCUCAAAAUAAUAAUAUAUUUGGUAAUAAUUCUCAAAGUACAAAAAAUUCUAGCAAUUUCAAUAAUUUUCAAAAUAUAAAUAAUAUUAGUAUUUGCAACAAUUAUCAAAAUGCGCAAAGCAAUAAUUUUGAUAAUUUUCAAAACACCCCUAAUACUAACAAUUUCUGUAAUUUUCAAAAUAUUCCUAACAAUUUUUGUAUAUCAAAAGAUAUGCAAAAUGAAAACUAUUUAAAUAAUAAUUCAAGAAUAAAAAAUGAUAAAACACAUUCUAAUUUAUUUCAAAAUAUAAAUGGCACAAAUUUUAUUAAUUCGGAUAUUUCACAAAAUAUAAUAGAUGAGAAAAAUAUUUUUAAUGACAAAAAGGGAUAUCUAAAUUUUCAAAAUGAAUCACCUAUAGAUAUGAAUAUAAAAGAUGUAAAUAGUUAUGUUUAUGAUGAAAUUUAUAAAAGAAAUAUUCCUAAGAAUCUUUUAACAUAUUCUGAUGAAUUUGUUAAAGAAUUAAAUAAUAAUUAUGAUAUAUUGUCUAUAUAUAUUGAUCCAAAUGAAAAAUAUAAAAGUUAUGAUGAUUAUUUAUAUAGUAUGGAUAAAAGUAUGCAAUCUUUUGGUGAUAACAUAAAUAAAUCAAAUAAUAAAAACAUAUCUAAUGAACAUAUAAGUUUAAAAAAAAAAAAAUUCUUAUACAAAUAUAAUUUGAAAAUUAUAAAUAACGAAACGCAGUAUAAACAUUUUUUUUAUGAUGAAACCAAUCAAAGUUAUUUAAAUUCAAUUGAACAUAACCUAUGGAUAAAAAGAGAGAAAGCAUAUGAAAAAUUGAAAGAGGAAGAUAAUAAAAAAAAUUAUACAUACAUAAACAAAUAUAAUUAUAUAAAAAACAGCAGAAUUCCAUUAUUUGGUAAAAAUUUGUUGCAUUUCAUUAAGAAAGAAUUUAAGAAAGAUAAAAAUAUAGCUUAUAAUUAUAAUAAUAAUAUAACCAUUGAUUACUCUACAAUGAAAGAAGUCUAUAUACAAGAUAUUACUGAAGCAAACGACAGUUAUAUGAGUGGAGAAACAAAAAAUAGGAAAAAAGCAGAUGAUAGCAAUGGCGAAAACUUAUUGGAUGGAGAAAUAAAAGAAAAGUAUAAUUUAAGUGAAAAUAUCAAAAGAAAUAAUACAAAUGCUUCAUUUUUUCUUGAAACACUAUUUCCUACAUUAGAAAAUUUUUUAAAAAAUUAUGAAAAAAUAAUUCAUAAUUUUACUGUAUUAAACAAUCCAUUAGUUAUUUGUAAUGGCCAUAAAAUAUCUAUAAAUAAUAACCUAUUAAAUAAUAAUAAAAAACUGGAUCCCAUAAUUAGAAGAAUAAAAAUAGCUACAAGAGUUUAUCAUCAAGCAUUCCUAAAACAAUCAAUUAUUUUUCCUUUAAAUAAAGAUAUAUCAUUAGGAAGUGGGAAAUUAUUUGCUUUAGAAAAAUUAUUAGCUAAAUGUAAAAAAGAAGGAAAUAAAUGCUUAUUAUUUACUCAAUUUAUAAAGAUGCUAGAUAUUCUAGAAAUUUUUUUAAAUCAUUUAAAUUAUUCUUUUAUAAGACUUGAUGGUUCAACUAAAGUAGAACAAAGACAAAAGAUAGUAACAAAAUUUAAUAAUGAUAAAUCAAUUUUUUUGUUUAUAUCUUCAACACGAAGUGGAAGUAUAGGUAUAAAUUUAAUUGCAGCUAAUGUUGUUAUUUUUUAUGAUACUGAUUGGAAUCCAUCUAUUGAUAAGCAAGCGAUGGAUAGAUGCCAUAGAAUUGGUCAAACGAAGGAUGUUCAUGUAUUUAGAUUCGUUUGUGAAUAUACAGUUGAAGAAAAUAUCUGGAAAAAGCAAUUACAAAAAAGAAAAUUAGAUAAUAUAUGUAUAAAUAUGGGUAAUUUCAAUAAUUCAGAGACAAAUAAUAUAAAUAAGGAUUGGUUUUCUAAUGUAGAUUCUAUUAAAGAAAUUUUUAUUAAUAAAAAAAACAACGAUGAAGAUGACGAUAUAUAUAAGGACAGAUUGUUACACGAAUAUUUAGAAGAAAAUGAAAAAACUAACUUUCGAUUUGAAAAAACACUAGAGCAUGUCGAAGACAAAGAUGAUAUCAAUGCAUUACAUGCAGCUAAAAAAGAAACUCAACAUGUUAUUUCACAGGAUUUACAAGAAUUUACUAAUAAAAAUGAUUUCCAAGAAGUAUACAAUCUAACUUCUUACUGUUUUAAUUUUUUAAAUGAUAAUUUAACGGACUCUUUAAAACAACAAAUUGAUGAAAUGAAAAUGAAAAUUGAAAUUGAAAUGAUGAAUGGAGGCGAUGAUGAAAAUAUAUCGGAUACUGAUUCGUCAAGCCAAAGUGAUGCUUCGAAAAAUGUAUGA